GAUAGCCGGUUAAAAUAAAAUUUGGUAGCACUUUAAGUAAAUGUCUAAUCAAUUCAUAGUAAGUGACUGUUAUAUAUUUUAAUCAGAGAAAAUUUUUGAAUUACAAAAUUUUGUAUAUAAAUAUUGUUAAAAUGGAAUGUGUAUUCUGCUGGCAUUAUAAUUCCGCAUAUCCCCAACAAGAUGUUGUAUUAAAGAACUCUAAAUAUUGUAAAUUAUAUCUUCAGAAAGAAAAUAAGUCUAAGAAACCUAUAGAAAAUUCUGAAAAUUGCAAAACUUUAUAUACCAAGUGCGAUUAUUAUUUGGAACGAUGGGUACAUGAUAAUAUUAUUAAAUUAGAAAAACUGUUUAAAGAUCACGAAAAAUUAGUAAAGCAGGAAAUAGAACUACAGCAACGAGUUAUAAAUGAUAUGUGGACCCAAUCUCAAAGAUAUUUAAUUUUAAAAAGCGGCGUUUGUGUUAAACCCUAUCCAGAAAUUGUAUCUCUUCCUACCGAAGAGCGAGUCUUAUGCAGUUUUCAUAAGAAUUUAAGAAAAAUAAAUGAAUCAAAUUCUCAUAUGGCUCUAUCUUUUGAAGCUAUUAGAUCUUCUCAAGCUGAGUUAAAUUAUCGCUGUGAACAACUUAAUGUAACAACUAAAAGUCCUUUUAUAAAGGGUUCAUAUACAUUAAAAUCUUUAACAUAUAUUCGGAAUAUUUUAAAUGAUUUGUUUCAAUAUUUUUAUACAAAUUUAUGUAAACAGAAAAGUUGGGCUUUACUUUUAGAUCCAGCAGAUUCUGUGUCCAUAGAAGAUUAUAUUACUUUAUUGAAAUUAAGCAAGCAAUGUGAUUUAAUGGAAAACUUGAAGAAUUGCUCAUGUCUGCGACCAAAGCGCCGAGAAUGUAUUAAAUGUCAUAAGAAUUGCUAG